AUGAUUUUCGGCAGGAAAAAUCUCUCAGAAGUCGAGGAAAUUUGCACUGUAGCCGGCGGCGGAGUUUCCGCGGUGUUGAAGCCGGAUGACCCCAUUCUGAAAGCGCUGGAGACACACUUGGAAUCCGUGACCGAGUUCGUGACAAAGGUCGGAGUGGAAACCGACGACGCAUUCGACAGAAGUCCCGUCGACCAGCAACAACUCGACGCCCUUUUCUCAGCUGCCCAGGAGACUGUGGUGGUGGACGCCAUGGGCACCUCGGGCAAAAUAUUCGGCGCCGCAAUGUCGGCGCAACGGCGCCGCUCGAACCUGACUCGGGUACUCGCACCAGCAGCGGCGGAAAACGCAGUUGAACCCGAUGAGGAAAGUCCUGGAAUGGAGAAACUAUGUUUGGCUGCCGAGUAUUACACCAAGCUUUUCAAAAAGAUUUCUGGAGAAGAGAGCGGAAAGAAUCUGAAUCUCUUGUGCUUGUUGAUUGAUAAAAUCGGGACUCUGACGAACGAAAUUAGCAAGUCCCAGCCCGGAAAGGCGAGUGAGAUUUUGGCCAAUUCCAAUUUGACGGACAUCGACAUUCCGCUUGAUGAAGCGGAUGAUUUUCCUGAGGAAGAUUCUGAAGCAGCGCCGAAAUUCAAGUAUGUGCCUCUGGACAAAAGUGAAAUCUUGUCCACAAUCGCGGAAGUCUUGCCAAGCUUGAUAGUUGCGAAAAAGCUACGUCCAGAAGCAUCUUCUGGUUCACUGCAAAAUGGCGGAGAUGCGCGAAUCUCUGAAGACUGGACUUUGAAUGACUCAAUCACUGAUUUGUCCCAAAAUGGCCAGUUGACCCUACUGCCGGACUUGAAAGUGGACAUGUCUGCAGUGGAUGCGUCCUUGACUGGUGAGUGGUCACGUCCAUUCUGGACGCGACCAGGACGCGUACCUUGA